AUGCACAGAGUUUGUCCUUUACUCUUUCCAAGAAAAUACAGCGCGGUCACGGCGCUUCGGCUGCGCCGGCAUCCGAACGCCUUCAGGGGGGUAGAGACGCAGAAGCAGCGCUUCCAGCAGCUCGUGCACCAGAUGACGGAGCUGUGCUGGGAGAAAUGUAUGGACAAACCUGGCCCCAAGCUGGACAGCCGAGCAGAGACCUGCUUUGUAAACUGUGUCGAGCGCUUCAUUGAUACCAGUCAGUUUAUUCUCAACCGGUUGGAGCAGACGCAGAAAUCCAAGUCACCCUUCUCCGAGAGCCUGUCCGACUGAGCAGAAGCCUUCAGUGGUGCUGUUUUCUUCGUUAAAAGAAAAACACUAUUUUGAAUGGGAGAGGAGGAUGAAGAAUGGAAGAAGGAUUCCUAACAAUGAUAAACUGUGAGGGAGGUUGGCCCCCACAUGUGUGAUGGACUUCAGGGCUUCCUGGCCACCCUGUCUAGUUCUGGUAUUAAAAUCCCACUUUGUGAACAUUAAUAACCAUACAACACCACACACCUGCUAUUUAACCUGGGUUUCUGCUGUCCUAGGUCUUAUUUUUUUUCCCUUGGAUAAUAGGAGCUUCAUACCAGAAUGGUGGCUUGACUAUCUUCCUUACCCAGCAGUAAGGUGGGGAAAGCACACCCCUCAGAACUUGAAAAUGUUCUUUUUGAGAUAAGGGAACUGGGAGGCCUCACGAACGGAGCUCCAGGGGAAAGUAGGGGUGCAAAUGUGCCUUUAAAAUGGUACUGUGCUUGAGCACUACUCUUUCAAGUGAUCCAAAUGUCACUUGUUUGAACUUGCAACUGAGUUAACCUUUGUACACCGCAAGUAGAUCUUGCAGCUGGACAGAGGAGCACCGGAUUAAUUUGCAGAAGGGUGCCAGUAGAGACCCAUUGUCUUUAAUGAGGUGUUUUUCAAACCCACCUCAGCACAGUAGAAAUACCCCAAGCAUGUGGCUGUUGGGAGGGAUUGUCGCUCAUGUGGGCAUGUAUAUAUUUCUCUUGCCAAGUACAAAAAUCAAUCUUUCUACACUGAAUUCCUUGCCUCCUGAUCAGUGGAAUAAACAUCAAUUGGAUGCAUUUUAAACUGCCUAUCGAGUUGAUGGUCGUUCCUUCUAGGUUUGCUGAAGUUCUAACAGAGGGAAUGCUGUUAGUGGCUACUGCAUGUGGUAGACAAGCCUUCCCAAAGGUGAGGCCCUCAGAGCGGGUUAGAUUUCAAUUCUGGACUUGAGGGCACCGAUCUGAGGGUCCUGUUUUUUAUAGAACUAGAAUGCUGUGCUGUUAAGUGGCAACCUUAUUCUCAUGUUGUGUUCAAACAGUUGCUGGUCAAUUCAUAAAGCACAUUGAUUCAUAGGCAGUCCAUGAAGCGUCUAACCUUUGGUUUUAAUGGCUCCUUGUCUCCUGAUUGGAAAUGUACGGACCCAAGAAAGUUACUUAAAUAAAGUUUGCUUGCCUUACUGCCUUCUUACCAAAGGCAAUGAAAUGCUGA